GUGGAGUGACUGGAGAGAGUUCCCACCGCUCCUGCUGCCUCCCGGCGAUGGCGCCCUGGUGCCGCGCCCAGUCCCCUGCCUACCGGCUGGUACUCCCCACCUUCCAUAGCUCGCUCUGACGGUGAGAAGUGGCGUGGGUCCGAGGGAGCUGCGGGACGCAACUUCGACUGGAACCAUGCAGAGCGGCCAGACUGGUGGGACUGAUAGCGGGAGCAGGCGCUGCACCUGCUGAGAGGACUAGGAGCGGCCGGGUCCUGUGGCGCGGUUGGGGCGCGGCAGAGGCUCGCCGGCGCCUCGGCCAUGUCGCUUCUCUGUGUGCGCGUUAAAAGAGCCAAAUUCCAGGGUUCACCAGAUAAGUUUAAUACAUACGUGACUCUGAAAGUACAGAAUGUGAAGAGCACAACUGUAGCAGUUCGAGGUGACCAGCCUUGCUGGGAACAAGAUUUCAUGUUUGAGAUUAGUCGCCUGGACCUGGGUCUAAGUGUGGAGGUAUGGAACAAAGGACUUAUCUGGGACACCAUGAUGGGGACUGUGUGGAUUGCACUGAAGACUAUUCGUCAGUCAGAUGAGGAAGGGCCUGGCGAGUGGUCAACUUUGGAAGCAGAGACAUUAAUGAAAGGUGAUGAGAUCUGUGGAACUAAAAAUCCAACGCCUCAUAAAAUUUUGCUUGAUACGAGAUUUGAGUUACCAUUUGAUAUCCCAGAAGAGGAAGCCAGAUAUUGGACUUACAAAUUGGAGCAAAUCAAUUUCUUGGGGACCGACAAUGAGUAUUCUGUUCAAGAAGAAAGACAGAGGAAGCUGUUGCCCACUGCUGCCGCCCAGUGUUCCUUUGAAGACCCGGAUAGUGCUGUUGAUGACCGAGAUAGUGAUUAUCGCAGUGAGACCAGCAAUAGCAUCCCACCUCCAUACCACACGACAUCCCAGCCCAAUGCGUCUGUGCACCAGUUUCCUGUGCCGGUACAAUUGCCACAGCAACUGCUGCUUCAAGGCAGUUCUCGAGAAUCUUGCAAUGACUCUAUGCAAAGUUACGACCUCGAUUAUCCAGAGCGGCAGGCCCUCAGCCCCACCAGUAGUAGUAGGUAUGGCUCUUCCUGUAAUGUGAGUCAAGGAAGCUCUCAGCUGAGUGAACUAGACCAGUAUCAUGAACAAGAUGAUGACCAUCGGGAGAGGGACUCAAUUCAUUCCUGCCACAGCUCUGGAAGCUUCUCUAGAGAUGGCCAAGCAGGUUUUGGAGAACAAGAGAAAGUCUUGCAGGUGACAGAUGAAACAGAGAAGGGGAAAGCAUGUGAACCCAAGGAGAUUAAACAGGAUGGUACAGCCCAUUCUCUCCCACAUCUGGUGCUACACAAAGAAGACAUCUUAGGUCCCCAGGAGAGUUUUCCUGAGGAGAAUGCAUCUUCACCAUUUACCCAAGCUAGAGCACAUUGGAUCCGAGCAGUUACCAAGGUUCGACUCCAGCUACAAGAGAUUCCAGAUGAUGGUGACCCCUCUCUGCCCCAGUGGAUCCCUGAAGGGCCAGCUGGCGGUCUCUAUGGCAUUGACAGCAUGCCUGAUCUACGUAGAAAGAAGCCAUUGCCACUUGUCAGCGAUCUGUCUUUGGUCCAGUCUCGAAAGGCAGGUAUUACUUCUGCAAUGGCUACACGUACCUCUCUCAAGGAUGAAGAGCUGAAAUCCCAUGUGUAUAAGAAAACCCUGCAAGCCUUAAUCUACCCUAUCUCGUGCACCACACCCCACAAUUUUGAGGUCUGGACAGCCACUACUCCAACCUACUGCUAUGAGUGUGAGGGCCUGCUCUGGGGCAUUGCCCGGCAGGGCAUGCGGUGCAGCGAGUGUGGAGUCAAGUGCCAUGAGAAGUGCCAGGACCUGCUCAAUGCCGACUGCCUACAGCGAGCUGCAGAAAAGAGCUCUAAACAUGGCGCUGAGGACCGGACCCAAAAUAUUAUCAUGGCCAUGAAAGACCGCAUGAAGAUCAGAGAGCGGAACAAACCAGAGAUCUUCGAGGUUAUCCGGGAUGUCUUCACCGUGAGCAAAGUUGCCCAUGUGCAACAGAUGAAAACAGUGAAGCAGAGUGUGCUGGAUGGCACCUCCAAAUGGUCGGCCAAGAUUACCAUCACUGUGGUAUGUGCCCAGGGCCUACAAGCCAAGGAUAAGACAGGAUCCAGUGACCCUUAUGUGACGGUGCAAGUGGGCAAAACCAAGAAGCGUACCAAAACUAUUUUUGGAAACUUGAAUCCUGUUUGGGAGGAGAAGUUCCAUUUUGAGUGCCACAACUCCUCUGACCGCAUUAAAGUACGCGUAUGGGAUGAAGAUGAUGAUAUUAAGUCCAGAGUAAAGCAACGGCUAAAGCGAGAGUCAGAUGAUUUUCUUGGCCAAAGUAUCAUUGAGGUUCGGACACUGAGUGGCGAGAUGGACGUCUGGUACAACCUGGAGAAAAGGACAGACAAGUCAGCUGUCUCCGGGGCUAUACGACUACAAAUCAAUGUGGAGAUCAAGGGAGAAGAGAAGGUAGCCCCAUACCAUGUGCAGUAUACAUGUCUGCAUGAGAACCUUUUUCAUUACCUCACAGAUAUUCACGGCAGUGGAGGAGUUCGGAUCCCUGACGCUCGAGGAGAUGAUGCAUGGAAGGUGUACUUUGAUGAGACAGCCCAAGAAAUUGUGGAUGAAUUUGCCAUGCGCUAUGGCAUUGAGUCUAUAUAUCAGGCCAUGACGCACUUUGCAUGUCUGUCCUCCAAGUACAUGUGUCCUGGAGUGCCAGCAGUGAUGAGCACCUUACUGGCCAACAUCAAUGCUUAUUAUGCCCAUACAACUGCGUCUACCAAUGUCUCUGCAUCUGAUCGCUUCGCAGCAUCCAACUUUGGGAAAGAAAGAUUUGUAAAACUGCUGGACCAGCUACACAACUCACUGAGAAUCGACCUCUCCACAUACAGGAAUAAUUUCCCUGCUGGGAGCCCUGACCGGCUUCUGGACUUGAAAUCCACAGUGGAUUUGCUGACCAGCAUUACUUUCUUCAGAAUGAAGGUGCAAGAACUGCAGAGUCCUCCAAGAGCCAGCCAGGUGGUAAAGGAUUGUGUGAAGGCCUGUUUGAAUUCCACAUAUGAGUAUAUCUUCAACAACUGCCAUGACUUGUACAAUCGCCAGUACCAGCUGAAGCAGGAGCUACCUCCCGAGGAACAAGGGCCCAGUAUUCGGAACUUGGAUUUCUGGCCCAAGCUCAUCACACUUAUUGUGUCAAUCAUAGAGGAAGACAAGAAUUCCUACACACCUGUUCUCAACCAGUUUCCUCAGGAACUGAAUGUGGGAAAAGUCAGCGCAGAAGUGAUGUGGUACCUGUUUGCUCAAGACAUGAAAUAUGCACUGGAGGAGCAUGAGAAAGACCGACUUUGUAAGAGUGCUGACUACAUGAACCUGCAUUUCAAAGUGAAGUGGCUUCACAAUGAAUACGUACGGGAUUUGCCUGCCCUCCAGGGGCAGGUGCCUGAGUACCCAACUUGGUUUGAGCAGUUUGUACUACAGUGGCUGAAUGAGAAUGAGGAUGUAUCCCUGGAAUUUCUACGCGGGGCCCUGGAACGAGAUAAGAAAGAUGGUUUCCAGCAGACGUCAGAGCAUGCCCUCUUUUCCUGCUCUGUGGUGGAUGUCUUCACACAACUCAACCAAAGCUUUGAGAUCAUCCGGAAGUUGGAAUGCCCAGACCUUAACAUCCUUGCUCACUAUAUGAGAAGAUUUGCUAAGACCAUUGGGAAGGUGCUGAUGCAGUAUGCAGACAUUUUAUCAAAAGACUUCCCAGCUUAUUGCACCAAGGAGAGGCUGCCCUGCAUCCUGAUGAACAACAUGCAGCAACUGAGAGUCCAGCUGGAGAAAAUGUUCGAAGCCAUGGGAGGCAAGGAGUUGGACCCUGACGCUGCAGACAGUCUGAAGGAACUUCAGGUGAAACUGAAUACAGUUCUGGAUGAGCUCAGCAUGGUGUUUGGAAACAGUUUCCAGGUGCGGAUUGAUGAGUGUGUUCGACAAAUGGCUGACAUCCUGGGCCAGGUUCGGGGCCCAGGGAAUGCAUCUCCCAACGCUAGGGCCUCAGUGGCUCAGGAUGCAGAUAGUGUGCUCCGGCCUCUUAUGGACUUCCUGGAUGGCAACCUGACACUCUUUGCCACUGUGUGUGAGAAGACAGUUCUGAAGCGUGUACUGAAGGAACUCUGGCGCGUCGUAAUGAACACAAUGGAAAGAAUGAUUGUUUUACCCCCACUCACUGAUCAGACGGGUACUCCGCUGAUCUUCACUGCUGCCAAGGAGCUGAGCCAGCUUUCCAAACUCAAGGACCACAUGGUGCGAGAGGAAACACGGAGUCUCACUCCCAAGCAGUGUGCUGUUCUUGACCUUGCUCUGGACACCAUCAAGCAAUACUUCCACGCAGGAGGCAAUGGACUGAAGAAAACCUUCUUGGAAAAGAGCCCAGAUCUACAGUCGCUACGCUAUGCCCUGUCUCUGUACACACAGACCACAGACACACUCAUCAAGACUUUUGUGCGUUCCCAGACAGCCCAGGGAUCUGGUGUGGAUGAUCCUGUGGGAGAAGUCUCCAUUCAGGUGGACUUGUUUACACACCCUGGUACUGGGGAGCACAAGGUUACAGUGAAAGUGGUAGCUGCUAAUAACCUUAAGUGGCAGACAGCGGGUAUGUUCCGGCCCUUUGUAGAAGUGACCAUGGUUGGCCCACACCAAAGUGAUAAGAAGAGGAAGUUCACAACGAAGUCCAAAAGCAACAACUGGACCCCCAAGUACAAUGAGACAUUUCACUUCCUCCUGGGAAAUGAAGAGGGGCCUGAGGCCUAUGAGUUGCAGAUAUGUGUGAAGGAUUACUGCUUUGCCCGAGAGGAUCGAGUGUUGGGGCUGGCUGUGAUGCCUCUGAGGGAUGUGACAGCCAAGGGCAGCUGUGCCUGCUGGUGCCCCUUGGGACGGAAGAUCCACAUGGAUGAAACAGGCAUGACCAUUCUUCGGAUUCUGUCUCAGAGAAGCAAUGAUGAGGUGGCCCGAGAGUUUGUAAAGCUCAAAUCGGAGUCACGUUCCAUAGAAGAAGGGAGCUGACCACCUUUAAUCCCCUGUGCCAACCAGGCAGCACCACUUCUACAAAUCAGAGCCAAUGAGAGUUAGCUAUGUAGCCAGCUUAGGGUCCUCAUAGUCAAGAGGCUGGCAACUUCAGUUAAGGUGAUUUAGGUAAAAAAUCUGGGUGACGGUAUGGUGUUUCACAGAAAGGGCCAUGAAUCCUGACCAACGGGCCUGUGGUGCUAGGAGCUGGGUGUGGGGUUACCACAUAGGGAGAUUUCUCAUAGAGAGAUGAACACAGUCUUGAGAGUGUCAGUUGUUCUUGGUAGACAACCCUCCACCCCACGCCCCAUCUCUAACCAUUCACCCUACCUUAUCCAGUUAGAUGCAUACGUGCUAAUCACUAGAAGAACAAGUUGGUAAGUCCUGGAGCUUGUGCUUGGCUGAGUGGAUAGUCAGAUGAGCCGACAGUUAUCACUUGAGCCCUGUAGUCUACAGUGGGGUGUGGCCAGGGCUGGAACACAUGAAUAGAAUUCAUACUAUCCCUUGAGCAGAGUCCACUGGUUUUGUGUGGCUCUAGUGAGAACAAGGCUUUGAAACUGAACAAUAUGCCUUCCAGAAAUGAGUUGUGCUAACCCAUAUCCCAGAUUAUAUCUGUCAUGAGUAGAAGUAGGUUCACAUGGUGCUUUAGAGACCUCAGCAGAAUAUUUGUUGGAACCCACACAGUGGAGCCACCUGCAUAGGAGCUACCUACCUCACUCCUGUAUGGCAGAGGAGUGAUACUUCAGGAUGUAGGAGGCUCUUCUUACAUGUAUGGACCUGAAAGGGCCAGAAGAGAGGGCUGUAUUUCUUUCUUUGAUAAGGCCCUGAACAAAGCCAAAAACUGUGGAAACCAGUCUAGAAAGAGUCCCCCUCAACUUAUGGCCUCUGCCUUUUGACUGUCCUCCACCUUUGGACUCUCUCCUUUUCAUCUGGGUCAGCUGCUGUUCCCUUCACAGCCCUACAAAAGGAGCUUGGAAUCUGGCUCUUUUUGUGCAGGAUGGAUGGAGGGAGCCUCAACAUUCCCUGGAAGGUCAGAGAAAAACUCUGUCAGGGGUUGUAUGAACUUCCCAGGCCCUUGCUCAGAGAUGUGACACAGUCUUUGAAUUUCCUCCACAAGCAGCCUCCUGGACUUCCUGAGGAAAUCAACAUUGUCCACAGCUGUACUGGCCAUUACAUGAAACAAGAAACCAAGCAUCUUUGCUAUUGUUAAAUUAUUGUAUGUGCCAUGUUACAGGAGAUUAUAGGCUAGUCUGUAAUAAAUUAU